AUGGGGGAUGACCCAUACACCACUCGGCCGAGUCUGAGACUUGAAUUCAUUGACGAGGAAGAAGGACUCAUGGGAUCCAGAAGACACCCAAGACACCCAGUAUCAGGAUCAACUAGAGCGGGCCACAGAGAGUCUAUAGAGUUGAAAGUCCACGUGCCCACGAUCUUUGAAAUUGCCAAUGAAUUGAACGACUUAGUACUGGAAAUACGUCGACAAACAGAUACUCUAAACACCAUGUACAAGAAGCUUAUUAUAGUAGGUAAGCAGGAGAGGAAAGAAGUUGAAGGGAAGAUUGAAAAUACCAAUUACGAGAUUUUAAAGCGAUUUGAAAGCUGCUAUAUACUUGUGAAGAAGUUUUCCUAUUUAGGUAACAAUUGGCAGAAAUUAUCACUUGAUUAUGGACCAUCUGAUCUUCAGAUAUUGCAUAAUUAUCAAAAGACAUAUGCAUCUACCAUCCAAGAGCUAUCUCUACUGUUUCGGAACAUUCAGAACAACUAUAUAAAGUUCUUAAAAGAUGACGACGACGAUGAUGAUGAUGGCGGUGGUAAUAACUUCCGUCUGACAUCUAAUGUUAACCUCUUGCUUGAAGAAGAAGAAAGUCAUAAAGUAUCAUCAUCAAAUCAUUUAGACAAAUACUCCAAACAACUCCUUCAACAAGUCCAAGCACAACCCUCUCAAGUUGUACAACAACGAGAACGGGAAAUUUCCAAAAUAGCCAUGGGGAUCCUUGAGAUUCUGACUAUCUUCAAAGAAAUGGAAUCUAUGAUUGUUGAUCAAGGGUCCUUAUUGGAUCGAAUUGAUUAUAAUCUCCAGAAUACUCUUGUGGAUCUAAAGAAGGCAGAUAAGGAGUUAAUAAAGGCUCAACUGUAUCAGAAACGGACUACUAAAUGUAAGUUGAUCUUUUUGCUUACGUUGAUAGUGUUAGGUUUGAUGAUAGUGGUUAUUGUAAGACCUCAUCAUACCGUUGAAUACGUGGAUAAACCGGCCCUGGAACAACCUCAACCUGAGCCUGAACCGGAAUCGGAAGAGCCUCAAUCACAGCCCGAAAAACCUUAA